CUAGAUUUUGAUGUGAUUAAUGACAUUAAUGAGGGUGUACGCUGCAACAUUUAGAAUUCUUAGAAUUUACGAAUGCUUUUAAAGAAGAUACGACCUCUGAUUAUUGCUAAAGCGAAGCUACUAUUAAGUUGCAACUACAGAAAGCACUUGAGGUCAAGGACAAUGUGUUAGGAAAGUCUGCCAUACCAUAACAAACAAUUUUUAAUGAGAGAACAUAUGACCAGUCAUGGGUCUCUAUUCCUGGUUAGAGAAGAAGGAAGGUGGAUUUUGGGGAGUUGUGGUUGUUUUUUCUGCGUUCAUGAUACAGAUCCCAUCAUUUGGAACGGCUCAGAGUUUUGGUAUCUACAAUAUGUUCUUCCUGCGAUACUUUGAUGACAGUCCAGCUGCCAUCUCUCUGAUUGGAUCAAUUAAUGUUGGCGUAUUCCUGGGAUCAGGUCCUAUUGCCACAAUUCUGAUGAACCAUAUGAGCCACAGAAAAGUGGCACUGAUUGGAGCCACACUUAGUUGUAUUGGUCUGAUUGGCUUACCAUUUGCUCCUAACAUCAUAUACAUGUAUGGAUUUUAUGGUGUUCUCAGUGGUCUAGGAUUUUGCUUGGUUUAUGUUCCCUCUCAUGUGUUAUCUGGGUUGUACUAUGACACCAAACGUAGUUUAGCCACAGGACUAGCCACUAGUGGUUCAGGAGUAGGAGCAAUUAUUUUUCCAAUAAUGGUAAAUUUUUUAGUUGACAAAUAUGGAUGGAGAGGAUCGUUUUAUAUUGUAUGUGGAAUCAGUAUGCAGAAUUUUAUUUUUGCCAGUUUACUCAGACCAGUUCCAGAAAGCCUUAAGCAGAAGUAUGAAAAAGCAGCUCAAGACAGAGAAAUUGAAGUCGAAGGUCUUGACACGGAGCCUGAAAAAACAGAAUCUGAAAUACAUAUAAAAGAUUCAGAAAAGCUUUAUAUGAAGACAACUUCUGUGAAAUUAUUAUCCUAUGCUAGAAAAAUGAGCUUGGAGGAUGAGAUUAAAGAGGAAGAUAAAAAUUCAGAAGUCAAAUCAAAUAUUAAUAAAAAUGAAGGUGUUGCGUUAGAAAAUGUUCAAUUACAGGAAAAAUCACCUGAGACAAAUAUUAAGAUAUUAGAGGAUGAGGCAAAAGAAGUACAAGAUGGAACCCAUACUGAAAUAGUAAUUCCUGGCAGUCCAACAAGAUUACUUAAGGAGGAGACAAAAGGCAGCAUGGAGAUUGACACUUGUAAAAAAUGUGAUACACCCAGAAAUAGCUUAAACGAAGUGGAAGAACUUGCUAUGACAAAGAAAAGCACAUGUUCUAUAUUAUUCAACUAUGCAUUCAUUAUUUUCUUUGCAAACAAUAUCUUAUGGAACAUGGGUGUUGUAAUAAUACUUCUAUUUGGACCUCAAUACUUUCUGACCAUUGGAUUAACUGAACAGUCUUCGGCUUCCAUAUUUAGCAUUGGUGGUUUUGGAGCAUUUUUUGGAAGCAUCUUAGGAGGAAUUGUGGGAAAUAUCCCAAAAUUACGUUUAGACAUUGCUUACAUUGUCAUCACAGUUUUGACAGGCAGCUUUUGUCUUUUAUUUCCGAUUACCGCAUUCCAUAGCUUUGGUGGACUUACCAUAAUUUAUGUUGCCUUCUCUGUGAUGGCUAACAUUAUAAUGGGGUUGUUAGUUGUGGCAGUUGCAGCAAUAGUUGGACCAGAUGCACUUGGUACUGGUAUGGGGUAUGUCAUGCUUGCCAAUGGGAUUGGAAGUAUAGCAGCACCUCCACUAAUAGGUUGGGUAUUUGAACAGACAGGAAGUAUAGAGAUUGCUUUUUAUAUUGGUGGAGGAUGUAUCAUACUGGCAGGAUUACUCAUCAUACUGAUACCUGUCCUUGACUACUUCUAUUUAGAGCCCAAACCAAGUAGAAGGAAACCAGAAAAGAUUGCCAAAGAAUGUUUACAUGUGUAUUGCAUGUAGAUGAUCAGUAAAGAAAGGUGUUGAUAUAACUAUGAUAGAUAUUUAUAUGUGGAGUACAUUCUGUAUUUUUAUUCUGCUACCUUGUUUAUUUAACCUUCAAUUUUACAUUGAAUUGUUGAACACAUAUUUUUGUAUUUUGAAAAAACUGAUUUUUUAUUCAUGUUUUUAUCAUGUUGUCCAUUGAUGUCAGGCAAAUCUAAUUUUUUAAUUUACACAAUUGGGCAUUUAUUACAAUGGUAAGCAAGUCUGAUGUGUAUCAUUUGUUUUGUUUUUGUUUAUCAUAUCUCAAUAAAUAUCUACCUCUCAAAAAAUCAACAACAGUCAAGGUUCAUUUAUUUGUACAUGACUACCUCACAUGAAAAAAAAACCCACCAAUGAUGUUCUGUUAAAUAAUAUAAAUCUAAAUUCUACCUCAAUUUUUUAGAUUAUGAGAUUAAAAGAAAAUUAUUGUGAUCAUUUAAGCAUCUUAUUUUAACAGACAAAAAUAAUAAUAGCGACAAAACGGACGUAAUCAUACCACAUCCUCUUAUUUUAUUUUAUAUUAUAGCAAUUGCUUUUUUAUCAUAUUUUUAAAAAGCACAAUUUAAAUAACUUGGAUAUUUAUGUUUUCUUUUUUACAUUAUUCUGAAGGUCAUUGUGGUAUUUUUGUUUAGGAAUACAAAUCGUAGAAAGUCAGUGGGAAGCUAUUUUUUUAUUUUUUUUUGCAUUUCGACAAAUAUAUCUGAAGUUAAGCAAAACUUGAACCACAAUAGCUUUAUAAAUUGGACUUUUGUUGUUACUGCCUGUAAAGCUUGAAUAAUGUUAUUUUUUAUUACUAUAGCUUUGAUGGAUUUUAUUAAAUUUUUAAUAAACUCUUAUAUUUAUGUAUUUAUUAUAUACUUAAUAGUUAAUACAAGCAAAUUGUAUGUGCUAUAUAAUCAAUGACAAUCAGCCAUCCAUGAUGAUAUCUAUAUCAGUCACAGUUUCAAAUAAAAUUCAUGUCCACCAUGAAUGCCCUCUAUGUCCAUCAUUAUACCAUAUUAUAACAGAUAACAUACUAUAGCAUCUCACCAGGUAGCCGUAUUAGAUUGACCACUAGCCCAUGCUUUAUUACAUCAAUAAAUGGUCAUCAUCCUAUCAUUUAUGGCCCCUAAUAAACGGCCACUUUUCUAUGAUGACCAUACCAGAUGGUGGACAUUUAGGAGAGUAUGUCAAGAGUUUUACUGUAGAAUGUCAUAUAGUUUUUUCAAUAUCUGACCCAUAUCAACCUGAAACACCAACAUAGACAAUAUAAUCCGAAGAGCUCUGCUGCAGGUAUUGUAUUGUGUUCUUUAAGGGCUCUGCUCCAGGUAUUGUAUUGUGUUCUUUAAGAGCUCUGCUCCAGGUAUUGUGUUGUGUUCUUUUGAUACAAAGAGUUCUAUAUGUAAGUACUAUAUAUUAAUAGUGCACCAGGGGCCUCGGUGGCCGAGUGGUCUAAGUAGUCGAAUUACUGUAUCACUAGCCUGUCAACACUGAGGUUGUGAGUUCGAAUCCCGCACGUGGCAGGUGCACUUGAUUCCAAUCUUAAUUGACUAGGAUUGUCAGUUUUCCUACCCAAGGUCGGUGGUUCUCUCCGGGCACUCAGGCUUCCUCCACCAAUAAAAAUUGACCGCCAUGAAAUAGCACAAUAGUGUUGAAAGUGGCGUUAAACACCUAUCAAUCAAUCAAUCAAUAGGGCACAAAUAUUUAAACUUCAUCUUUUAGUGAAUUUUCGAUAUUCUAUUGCUGAAAUGUAUGUGUUUGUGUAAGAAAAAUUACUGUGAUCAUAUUAGGUAACUAUACGUAUCCAGGUUUGUUGUUUUUAUUGCUGGUUUGUUAAUAUUUAUUUAUACAUAAUUGUAGUACCAUACUCAGGAAAUAUAUUAUAUGUUGUUUUAUCUUAACAUUGCUUGUUAUAUACAUGAUAUAUACUAUAUAAAUAUUUUAAUAUACAAAAGUACCCCUGCUUCAAACAUUAGGAUUUAACUUUAAUGACUAAAAGAAUAUUUUUACAUUUUUCAGAUAUCUUUUUAUUUCAUUGCAUUUAAAAAUUGAAUUUUGUUGUUUUUUCCCAAAGAACCUGCAACAAAAUGUU